AUAGCCAAGGGUGUCAUGGUCACAGAUGCCAUGCCUCUGCAGCAGUGUGAGUCUUGUAUCAUUGCCAAGCAUCCUCGUCGACCAUACCCCCCUUCCACUGAACCCAAAGCGACACAAAUGCUCGACCUCAUCCAUUCCGAUCUGUGCGGUCCUUUCCCAGUCAUCACGCCCCACGGCAAACUCCACUUCAUUGUAUUCCUCGACGACUACACC